AUCUCUCUCUCAGUCGCAGCGAGGAUUGAACCAUGGCCAAGUCUGGCAAGACCAACCCCAUGCGCAAUUUGCGCAUCGAGAAGCUUACUCUCAACAUCUGCGUUGGCGAGUCCGGCGAUAGGCUCACUCGUGCCACUCGUGUCCUCGAGGCCCUCACCGACCAGAAGCCCCUUACUUCAACUGCUCGUUAUACCAUCCGCUCGUUCGGUAUCCGUCGUAAUGAGAAGAUCUCCUGCCACGUCACCGUCCGCGGUGAGAAGGCCGCCGAGAUUCUCGAGAGGGGCCUCAAGGUCAAGGAGUAUGAGCUCCGUGAUCAGAACUUCUCUGAGACUGGCAACUUCGGUUUCGGUAUCAGCGAGCAUAUUGAUCUCGGUAUGAAGUACGAUCCUUCUACUGGUAUCUACGGUAUGGAUUUCUACGUCCACAUGGGCCGCCCUGGUCGCCGUGUUGGUGAGCGCAAGAGAAAGUCUGCUCACGUUGGUCGCCAUCAUCGUGUUUCUGCCGAAGAAACCAAGGAGUGGUUCAAGACAAAGUAUGACGGUAUCAUCCUCAACUAAGCAGUGCCGACUCUUGUGAAGAUGUUGACGGAAUUUGGCUUUCGGACCAUUUCAGCUGCGAGGGGAG